AUGCCUCACAAGCAGAAGAAGAAUUCCAAUCAUGUCCCCCCAAACGCUUCUCCCCGAGCGGAAAAGAAGCAGUUCAACCCCGAAUCGCCCGUAGCGCCCCCCACCAAUUAUCAUGAAAUCCACGAGAACGAGGUCGAGGCCCUCCGCUCGAUCUACGGCGAUGACUUUGAAGAUGUGCAGCAUCGGCGAUCCGCGUGGGGACAACAAUCCUCCGAAGUUACUUUCAAACUCCAUCUGCGGGCUUCCUCCAACCCGGACGUCCACCUCGAAUUGCUCGUCGAGCUCCCCGCGACCUACCCCAAAACCUACCCGAACCUAUCCCUGGAAAACAUAGACGACCUACGACAGGGGGCUCGAUCGCGAAUCGAAGAUAUUAUACGCAACAAACCGAGGACUCUCAUGGGCUCCGAGAUGAUCUAUGAGCUAGCCGUGUCGAUACAGGAUGUCCUCGAGGACGUGGCGGAAGCUCGAGCUCAAGACAAGGAUCUUCCUAGCCUAGAAGAGGAGCGCAUGGAGCAAGAAGCCGCGGCCAAUCAACGAGCGGAGCUGGAACGACAGGAAGAACUGCGGAAACAGGAGGCCGCCUCGGCAGAGGAGGAACGAGCUUUACAACAGCUCCUAGAUGAUAAGAUCCGAGAACGGACCAAGGCACGGGACUCAAAACGGAAGAGUCGAACGCCAGGAAUGGACCCAGAGAGUGGCCUCGAUGCCGUGGAGAACAUACCGGGUGCGAUCUGCUUCGAUCCCCCUCUGGUCAUGACGGAUACGGAUGAAGGGCCUCUUGCUUUUCGCGCUGUAUAUGGGAAGACUAUGCUACAAUCCUCUCCGAGGAAAGAAACGUUCACCGUCAGGCCGGUCACUUGCGACACUCGUCCUUGUGCUCCUCUCUUAGUCCUAAAAGAGGUGUCCCUGGAUGAGAAAGGGCUGGACCCGUUGACGUUCCGAGAGAAGAUGCGUACUAGUGAGGAUAAGCUGGAAAGCUUGAAAAGGCUACGGCACUCCAAUCUAGUUGAGUUUGUCGGGUUUAAAAUAUAUAGACCUUUGAAUCCUCUGGAUACCCAUGACCACUUCUGGAAGGUGUAUCUGCUGGUCGAGCACGCAAACAAGGGCUCGCUCUCUGAAUUCCUGGAUAUCGUCGGAACGGCUCCCGUGGAAAUGGUUCGUAGCUGGACUAUCCAACUUCUUGAAGCUCUGGAGUUCUACCACCGCAGCGGAUUCGUCCACGGAGAUAUUCAAUGUGGGCGUAUCAUGCUGUUUAGGAACCCCACCGGUGGCACGAUCGUGAAGCUACAGGCGGCCAUCGAGGAAACUCUGCCGGACUCUGCAGAAAGCACGCGGUCACUAACAACCUCCAAAUCACCAUUUUGGCUUCCCCCGGAAUUGACGCCCGACGAUGCCCCGCCUACCACCAAGACGGAUGUUUGGGACUUGGGUAUAGUCUUUCUUCAGAUGGGGUUUGGACUGGAUGUGUUACAGCGCUAUACAUCGGCCAAUGCGAUGAUGGCUACACUCGGUCUCACCGCUCCCCUGCAGGAUUUAUUGCAUGAAUUCUUCCGACCUGAUCCCAAGAAGCGGCCAACCGCUUUCCAGCUUCAGCCAUCGGAGUUUUUCCGCCUCGACACUCCCUUGGUUGCUCGUUCAAGCGCCUCAAACUCGAUCUCCUUGCCGAGGCGGCCCCGUCUAGACUCCAUGAAUGGCCUACCUGCGUUCUCACGGUAUAAUCAAGACUUCGAUGAGGCAGGUCGCUUGGGCAAAGGAGGUUUCGGGCAGGUAGUAAAGGCGAGAAACAAGCUCGACGGUCGCUUUUAUGCCGUUAAGAAGAUUUCACAAAGAUCUGCCGCCGCCUUGAAGGAUACGCUGUCGGAGAUCAUGUUGCUAUCCCGACUUAAUCACCCGUAUGUAGUGCGCUAUUACACGGCGUGGCUCGAAGAGGAUCAUGGUCACAUCGACGAAGAUGCUGUAUCGUCUUCAGACGGAUAUUUUUCUGGCAGGGACUCCAAUGCAUAUGAAUACAGCACGGGUGGACUUGAUUUCAUCAGCUCCAGUGGCUAUCCAAAGAUCGAAUUUGGAGGUGACAGCGACGAAGAACGCGAUGGAACCACACCCUCUCAGAACUUUAAGCGUGAGACACCGGAAACCUAUGGCUCGGAAAGUGGCACAGGAGCAGAUCUCAGUCGUGUGAUGUCCGGCUCGCAAGGUAGACCAGUCUUGUCUACUCUUUACAUACAGAUGGAAUAUUGCGAGAAACACACACUUCGCGAUCUGAUUCGAAAUGGUUUGUACGACGAUGUCGACAGAUCAUGGCGGCUGUUCCGACAGAUCCUCGACGGGCUGAGCCACAUCCACGGUCAUGGCAUCAUACAUCGUGACCUGAAACCCGAUAACAUCUUUAUUGAUGUAGCAAAUAACCCGCGCAUCGGAGAUUUUGGGUUAGCCACGAGUGGGCAGUUUACGACAGCCGUACGAUCUUCAACCACCGCAGACUUCGAAGGAAACUUCACUCGCAGUCUUGGUACCACGUACUACGUUGCGCCGGAGAUGAAAUCAGGCUUCACGGGACACUAUAAUGAGAAAGUGGAUAUGUAUUCUCUGGGUGUAAUCUUUUUCGAAAUGUGCCACGCUCUGCCGACGGGUAUGGAGCGAGACCAGACACUACGGGCGAUCAGAGAGAAGAAUCACACGCUUCCAUCAACAUUCCAAUACUCCGAAAAGGUCGUACAGGGCAGGAUAGUCGAGUCUCUUUUGAGUCACAAUCCUAGCGAACGGCCCUCGGCAUCGGAGCUUCUUCACAGCGGUCAAAUCCCUCUGCAGGUGGAAGAGGAAACUUUUCGACGGGCGAUCAUGCACCUUCUGUCGGAUCCUAAUUCUCCCGAUUACAAGAAAAUCCUAUCGGCAAUAUUCUCCCAGUCUCCCAAGAAGUUUGAAGACAUUGCUUGGGAUAUGGAUUCUCAUGGGGCGCCGGCUGCAAAUGAGCUUCUCAUCCACGGCUUGGUCAAGGAGAGACUCACGUCAAUCUUCAGACGACAUGGGGCCGUCGAAAACGCGAGACAGAUGCUGUUCCCCAGAUCACAACAUUACAACAAUGGUGCCGUGCGCCUUCUGGAUUCUACCGGUAACUUGCUUCAAUUGCCGUUUGACCUGACGCUUCCCAAUGCGCGUGCGAUUCCUCGGCAAGAUGCUUCACUUGAAAAGACGUUUGCGUUCGGUACAGUAUACAGAGAGUCACCCCAUGGCGGCGAACCUCGAACCCACAGAGAGGUGGACUUUGAUAUUGUUUCACACAACGCUCUUGAUCUGGCCCUGAAGGAAGCAGAGACCAUUAAAGUUCUCGACGAGAUCAUCGACGACUUCCCGCCGCUGAGAUCAGCUCCUAUGUGCUUCCUGGUCAAUCAUUCUGAUCUCCUCCAGUUGAUCAUGGAGUUUUGCCGCAUCACGCCCUCCAAGAUCCCCUUGGCGAAAGAGGUGAUUAGCAAGUUAAACGUUGGAAAGUGGACGAUGUCGAAGAUCCGCAGUGAACUACGAUCUCAGGCCAUCGGGAUUGCUUCCACCUCGUUGGACGACCUGGCAAGAUUCGAUUUUAAAGAUUCUCCAAAGCAUACGCAAAAGCGACUGCGCGCCAUCAUGGAGGGCACCCCAUAUGCCGAACGGCUGGCACCUAUCUUUGUCCGGCUGAACCUACUUCUGGCGUAUCUUCAGGCAUUUGAUGUAAAACGCAAGGUUUAUAUCAACCCCCUCGGUAGCCUGAACGACAAAUUCUUCCGAGGCAGCAUUCUGUUCCAGUGUGUCUUCGACAGCAAACGCCGGGAUGUCUUCGCCGCCGGCGGUCGAUAUGACUCGCUAGUGAAGGAAUUUCGUCCCAAAGUCUUAACAAACCGCUCGCACACACAUGCCGUUGGGUUCAACCUAAGCUGGGAUAAACUCAACUCAGUCAUGCUGGACUAUCUUCGUGGUCCCGCCAAGAGUUCUCUGAAGCAAAACGAGACUGAAAUUGGGGCUUUUUGGAGAGCCAGAAGAUGCGACGUACUCGUUGCAAGCUUUGACGCGACUGUUCUGCGCACGCUUGGCGUGAAGAUUGCGCAGGAUCUCUGGGCGGCUGACAUCAGCGCGGAAAUCGCGAUUGAUGCUUCCUCGCUAGAAGAGCUCCUUACUCAGUACAAGGAACACAACCACAGUUGGAUCGUCAUUGUAAAGCAAGAUAGUCAGGAGCGAGGUUUCAAGAUUCGAUGCCUCGAGCCCAAGGAGGAAUUCGAUGUGAGGGGUUCCGAACUCAUUCCCUGGCUUCGCAACGAAAUCCGGGCACGCAAUCAACGUGAAGGCGUCACGGACUCGUUCCGACAGUCCCGACUGCCCAGCCAACCUGAUCUCAAUGGGCCCAGUGAGCGAGUGAACGAUGUGCGCAUUUUGGUGCCGCAACAUCGCAGCAAGAAGUCCAACCGAAGGAACAUUGUCGAAAAUGCGUUGUUCCGCUCCCGAGAAGUCAUCGAAGACGCCUUGAACGGACCCAUCGCGGCCAUCGACACCCGGGAUGACCUCCUGGACGCAAUCCGAGAUACACGGCUAUCGGACCCGGACAGCUGGCGUGCAGUCAUACAGAAUGCACCGCUGACCGAACGAAAGUACCUAAGUCAGGUCCACGAACUACUCAUGGAUCUCGCCAAUGAGAGCCGCAUGGGUGACGGUGCGGACGACUUCACCAAUGCGUUCAUCUAUAACUAUCGCACGGGAUCCUGUGUGUACUAUGAUCUGGGAACAAGAAAUGAGAGAUGA